CUUGAUGAACUAGGCAGGAGCUGAGCUGGUCGCCUUUUCUUCUUAAAUAUUCUCUUCGUCCAUCCAAAAUUGCUUAGCUUACUCAACGUACACCACUACGGUAUUUGGCAUUCAUGGCCACGACCCGUCAUUAUUUUGAAAAGAAGGGAAUAAACGGAGACAGCUUCUCAAAUUACAAAAAGGUUAAGAUCGUCUUUGUUCUUGGUGGGCCAGGGAGUGGCAAGGGUACCCAAUGUCAAAAAAUUGUGGAGCAUUUUGGUUACACCCAUUUGUGCGUUGGGGAUCUUCUUCGAGCAGAGAUCCACUCUGCUUCUCCAAAUGGAAAAGAGAUCCAGAUCAUGAUUAAAGAAGGAAAAAUCAUACCCUCUGAUGUGACAGUGGCACUUCUCCAAAGGGCAAUCCAGAAUACCCCGAAUGACAAAUUUCUAAUUGAUGGCUUCCCUCGCAAUGAAGAAAACCGUGAAGCUUUUGAACGUAUUACUGGGAUUCAACCAGAAUUUGUCAUCUUCUUUGAUUGUAGUGAAAAGGAGAUGGAAAGACGCAUUUUGAGUAGGAAUGAGGAAGGGAAGAGAAGAUGACAACAUUUGUACAGUUAUGAAAAGGUUUGAAGUGUAUAGGGAAUCCACUCUUCCAGUUGUUGAAUAUUACAAGUCAAAAGGCAAGCUUCGUAAGAUUGAUGGUGAUAAGCCAGCGAAAAAAGUUUUUGAAGCUGUUAAGGUUGCAUUUACUGAAUCGGGAGGAAAUAUAAAGAACCGUCGUGAUGGACUAAUGGGCCGGAUAAAGUCAAUAUCCCAUGUUAUGCAAGGAAAAUGGCGAUCAGGAAAAUGGUAGUACUCUAUAAAAUUAUGUUUGUAUGAGGAACAAAAGUUAUUUAUGAAAAUCGAAAGAGUACUUUAGGAAAUAUAAUAAUGCAGAGUACUACAUUUAUUUUGCUUCGUAUUUAACUUUGAAUUUGUAAGAAUUCAAAUGAGUGUGAGCCAUAAAGAUUAAAGUGUAACAAUAUCUGGCUUAGGACAACUGGACAAUCAUUUUAGAAUGAACAAAAAUGGAGAAAAAAAAUAAGACGAACCUGUU